AUGGUUUUUGGUGCCCCCAUUUUCAACAGGAUAGCACCUAAUGUUGCCUUCUAUCUUGACAGAGCCAAUGUCCCCAACCUGCUCUUCGGAUGGUUAGCCAUAGGUCUGGCUGACACCGGCAAGGACUCUUCUGAGGUUGACUUCGUAAUUCCCGAUGCUCAGAUGCCCGCCGCCAUUGCUUCUCUGGUUGCAGCCGAUUACCCUCUCUGCACAGACACGAAGUGUGGCGAACUCGAAUCUGACAGACUUACAGGCUAUGCUCGUCAAAAGGAAUUUCCGUUCACAUGGAAGCACCACUACCACCCCAAGCCCUCCGCUCAUUUCCAUAUGGGUGGCACAAACAUCCUGUCACUGCAUGUGCAGUCUGCGCUUCUCUGGUGGUUGCCGGAGCUGAGAAUUGGCCCACCUGCUGUUGAUGACCCAGAUCUCAUGCUUUGGAGGCUUCGGAAUAACACCGACAGCCUGCUACCGUCAUAUUCGGAAGAUCCGCUAUACGUCCAACCAGCGAUAUGGGAGGAUCUACCUCAAUACUCGGAAAUUCAUUCAGGGCAAAGUGAGCGCGACAACCAUCCUAUCAAGAUUCUAAAUCAGAAUUCCUUAGUAGAGGCAUGCAUAAUGCUCUACUGUCGCGACUGGGCCCGGAACGAGCACCUGAAAGUACUAUGGGGACAUAUGUUGACAGAGCUUUCGGAUAGAGCUCCCUGCCGUACAAAGAAGAAUGUUAGAGCUAGGUUCAAGCGUGCUUGGGAUUCUUUGAACUUCCGGAUUGUGACGCGGAGAGGCUUCUUUGAGGAGAUGCGCGCGCUCCGUGAUAGACUGGCUCGGGAUAACGAGCUUGGUCCUCUGGUUAAUGGAGAAACCUGGUGCCCUCCCCGACACGACUGGACCUCUGGCUGA